AUGAGACAUUCUGAGGCUUGGGAGAGGUUCAAAGGCUACACAAGUCAGUGCCCACAUCAUGGCUUCAACAAUGAGUCUUUGCUCUCUACUCUCUAUAGAGGUUGUUUGGCAAGGUAUAGAGAGAUGUUGGACACAGCCAGCAAUGGAAACUUCCUUAAUCAAAAUGUGGAUGAUGGUUGGCAGCUUGUGGAGAACAUGGCCAUCUCAAGUGAUUGCUAUGUACAGAAUUGUGACAGUAAAGACUGGAGCUCGACCGCGCACUCGAUCGCGCUGGAAGCACAGAUGCGAAAAGACAUGCUUGCACUCAAUUCGAAGUUGGACAAACUGAUCCUGGCUCAUUUUCAGGCUAAGCAUAUCAAUUAUGUCUCUGGAAAAUCUCUAGUUAAGGAUCAGGAAGGGGAGGAGAACUGA